UUCAGAUUCCGAGGAAGAUAUUUGUCUAGACGUAUACCUUAUCCUUCUAAUGGUAGUUUUAAUCCCUUUGCAAUUUCUAAUAAAGAAGCACACAUAUUAAAUGGAAACAUAAAUAACUUGGAAGCUGCAAAAAUGUGUGAGGAAAACAGCUAUUCAUUUGGUAGAGAUCACUUCAGUAAUUAUUGUUUAAACAAUGCAGGUAAAUUUUCCUGUGCAGUUGAUUGUUUUCUCGAGCUGUGUUAUGGUGUUUUUUGUAAUCAUCUUCAUAGCACUACACGAAAUGAGUUUUUGACGUUAUCUAUGAGUCAUGUAAUCAAAGAGAAAACCUUGGGGCUAUUGACAUUGUGCGAGAACCUGUGUGGUUAUGGCUCAGAGAUCAUUGUUCAUCAUUUUCUGCAAUGACUGCCAAUGCUGUUUUUAGUGACAUAUUUACAUUGAAUACUGUCGGAGAGUUAAGUGAGGACCUCAAGUCAUUGUUUGUUGUUCAGCAAUGCAAUCAGUCGUGUUGCGCAUCAUGUGGCAACCAAAUCAUAUAUAAGACAGGUAUAUUUGUUCUUUACAUUACCUGCCCAAAUAUCAUUUCCACGCAAUUUGCAAAUCAUGUUUCAGAAGCUGUUCUUCCUCACAGUAGGGCUCUUUAUUGUGAAUCUUGCCAAAAACACAGUGGUGAUGUUUCUGCAUUGCGACAUUUUGUAACACUUCCCACAUUUUUAACUAUUGAAUUGUCAUCCAAUUGUAUUGAUCAAAUUACAUUUCCUUUAACUAUGGACGUUUUAGAAAAUUAUUAUUCACUGAAAGCUGUUGUGCGUUCUGCAAGUCAACAUUUUACUAUCGCUAUAAAUAAAGGAACACAUUGGUUGUAUUUUGAUGAUAUCUGCAGAUCAAUUCAGCAAUAUUCCACUUUUCAAAACCUCUUGAUUGCCCAUGCCAAUGGCUGGUAUUUUGCUGUCUAUGAAAAGUCUGCCAUUCCAUUCAUUGAUAGCGGUAAUGCACAUGCAGCUGUGAACCAAUCUAAGUACACCCAAGAAUACCUCACAGGACAUUCAGUGCCAAAAGUACUCAUUAAUGAUACUUUAACAGUGCCAUCAAACAAACACAUUGCACAAGCAAAACAAAAUGCAUACAUGAAAGAAUAUCGAAAGAAAAGAAAAAGUAAUGAAACUGCAGAAGAACAACUUGCCAAAAAACAAAAGCAAAAUGCUUACAUGAAAGAGUACAGAAGGAGAAAGAAAAAUAAUGAAUCUCAAAGUGAGACGCUUGCUAGACAAGGAAAGCAAAAUAUAUACAUGAGGGAAUACAACAGGAGAAAGAAAAACAUUGAAACUGAUACCAAAAAAUUUGCAACGGAAGAAAAACAAAAUACAAACAUGAAGGAAAAUCAUGAAAAAAGUGAAAAACAACUUGGCCUAAAACAGAAGAAAAAUGCUUACAUGAAAGAGUACAGAAGGAGAAAGAAAAACAAUGAAUUUCAUAGUGAGAAACUUACUACACGACGAAAGCAAAAUAUAUACAUGAAGGAAUACAACAACAGAAAGAAAGACGUUGCAACUGGUAGCAAAACAAUUUCAAGAGAAGAAGAACAAAAAUACAGUAAUGAAAGAAGAUCAUGCAAAAAAGUGUUCAUGGUGAUUUUAAAAUGCAAGCAAAACUUAUUAGAGAAGAAAAACAAAAUACAGACAUCAUGGAAAAUCAUGCAAAAAGUGUUAACAGUGAUUUUAAAAUGCAAGCAGAUCAAAAUGUAUUUAAAUGUUUUGUGGAGAAGGAAAAAUAUUUGUCUUUGUUUGAUAGUCAAACAAAUGGACCAAUUCAUUUACAGGAAUGGGCUAAAAAAAAAAAACAUGCGAGAUUUCCAUAAUUCUUUGAAAUUCAAAAUCUAUAAAUGCAACAUCUGCCAUGAAGCAUGGCCAUUGUCAGAAAAAAUGUAAAGAUGAAUCUACAUAUGUGUGCUCUAGGUGUUUGCGUGACAAGAAUGCAACAAAAAGUUUUCAGUUGACAAUAAUAUGAUACCUUCACAAGCACCAAAAGAACUGCAGGGACUCACACAAUUAGAAGAAAUGCUUAUAGCACGUGUAUUUCCAGUAAUAUCUGUUUAUACAAAACCAGGGGGGCAAAAGGCAUACAAAGGCCACUGUAUUAAUUUUUCCCAAGAUAUUCAAGAGCUAGCUAACUCAUUGCCAAGGUAUCCGAGGGAGCUGCCUGUGAUAGUUGUGUCAGUCAAAGGCAAAGAUAAUACUUAUAAAGAUCUUACAGUAAGGCGGGAAAAAGUGAGCUGUGCUCUACACUGGUUAGUCCAGCAUAACCCUGUAUACAAAAAUAUUACUAUAGAUUAUGACUGCUUGUCUUCCUUGCCAUCUGAAGGCAUCCCAAGUGAACUGCAUCAGAUUGAUUGUAUUGAGAAUACUAAAGAUAAGGAAAUGGAUCCAGACAGAGGUCCACUUGAUGUCAAUGAAAUACCAUUCAAUGAAGAGACAGAAUUAAGCAGCACAAUCCUUAAUCCAGUAACCUUAAAGCCUCAAAAGCAACUUAUUACA